AUCAGUUGAUCCUUACUCAUCGAUCAAAUACCUCAACACAGACCACAAUGUUCAAGCUGGUGGUGUUGUUCUCCGCAGUAGCUUUGGCGGCGGCCAAGCCUGGUGUAGUAGCUCCUUUGGCUUACAGCGCGGCUGUGCCAGCAGUCAGUUCUGUGUCACAGUACAGCUCUAGUGUAGUCCAUGGAGCGCCAGUUGUACCUGCCGUGUAUGGAGCGUCUGUCUACAGUGCUCCAGCUGUAGUUAGUGCUGUAGCUGCUCCUGCUGUGGUUCCUGCUGUUGCUGCCCUGGCUCAAGCUCCUCACUCCCCCGCUGUGGUUCUGGAUGCUGUCCAUGGAGUGCCCCUCGAUACUCCUGAAGUGGUAGCCGCUCGCGCUGCCCAUUACCAAGCUAAAGUUCUAGCUAGCCAUCAUCUUCGCAAGCGUUCCGUCGUGGCACCAGUCUCCUACAGUUCAGUUAUCUCUCCGGUAGCCCGCAGCGCUGUGGUUUCACCUGUCGUAUCAGCUUACUCUGCCCCUCUUGUUUCCGCUUAUUCCACCCCUGUUGUUUCCUCUUAUGCGUCCCCCGUCGUAUCCUACUCUUCCCCCGCUGUUGUUAGCUCUCCGUUAGCUUACUCCGCUGUAGUCCCUAAGGCCCUAAGCGUCCACCCGUGGUGAUUUACUGAUCAUCUAAAUUUAUUGACCAAAUUUAAAUUUGUCUGAACUUGAAUACUUUGUAUAUUUCACUGCCAAAUUAAAUCAUU